GCUCUGCGGCCUUUCCUGAAGCGGAUGACGCCCUCCCAGCUGUUCCUUGUGAUCACGUCAAUCUUCUCCUCGCUGGGCGGGGCUUACCUCGCCAUACUCUCCGCCCUCGGGAUCUCCCUCCAGUACAUAAUCCCCUCCAUGGUGAUCUCUGCGCCGGCCACCUUUGCCGUGUGUAAACUUGUCGUGCCGGAAUCGAAGCCCAACCGGAAGUCUGACCGUAAAGUUGUCCUUGGCAAUGGAGAGAACGA